AUGGGACCCGGGAGGCUGACGUGCGUGCUGGUCUUGGCGCUUGUCCUGGCUCUGGGGUCCCGGCCGCAGGAACAGCUACCCAGGGAGUCCCAGAACCUCAACUGGAACAGGUUUUCAGGGUUCUGGUACAUUCUGGCUAUCGCCUCUGAUGGCCACGGAUUCUUGCCGGGCAGAGACAGGAGGAAGCUGGGGGCAUCCGUGGUAAAGGUACACACCACAGGCCAGCUGAAGGUGGUCCUGGCCUUCAGCCGGUCACAGGGGUGCCGGUCACACACGUUAAUUCUGCGGAAAGAUAGGAAAAGGGCGACGUUCAGGAAUACUUGUGCGUACGGUGGCCCGGGGCCCAGAGAGAAAGACCUGGGAGUCGGCGGGGUGGAGGACUUCCGCGUGCUGUCCACCGACUACAGCUACGGCGUGGUCUACGUGCGCCUGGGCCGGGCCGGCCGGACCUCCAGGACCCUGCUGCUCUUCAGCAGACAGAACAUGUCCAGCUUCCCGAGCAUGAGAAAAUUCGUAGACAUAUGUGAGAUUUUGGAGGUCGCCCACGGUGUGACUGUCCUCCCGAAAGAUGGUAACAGACGCCACGGGUCCUUCUGUCUGGGUCAACCGCACGCCCGGCCCCUAUCCAUCCCGCCUGAACAGGUGGCACCGGGCCUGCCGUCUGGUCGCGUGCUGGAGGACCCGGGAUGCCUGGCCUGGCCGCCUGUAGUGCCCCAGGCCAGCACAGGGGGACACUGGGAGGGCCAAAGAACACUGUGGGCCGACGGGCUCCCGCAGACCCGCGCCCACUCAGGCCUCCUCUCCCUCUCGCAGACGCCUGUGCACACCAUCCUGCCCUGA